AUGAAAUCGUUCAUCGUAUUCGCCCUGAUCGUCGCCGCGGCCGUUGCCGCCCCCGCCAACCCGGACGGUGAUGCACAGAUCAUCAAAUACGAAUCCGACAACAUCGGACUCGACGGUUACGGCUUCGAAGUGGAGACCUCCAACGGAAUCAAGACCCGGGAAGAAGGUCAGCUCCAGAACGUGGGAAGCGAGAACGAAGCCUUGGCGGUAAGGGGCGAAUUCUCGUACGUCGGCAACGACGGCCAGCUCUACUCGGUCUCCUACACGGCCGGUGUGAACGGCUUCGAGGCUUCCGGAGCUCACAUUCCCAAAGGAAACGAAUAA